UUUGAUAACAAAAAAAAAAUAUUUCCUUUUCAUUUUAUACUAUGUUUCUGAGCCCCCUAAUGUGAAAAUGCCUGCACUUUACAUUAUAUUUCAUAAACCAUGUCUUACAAACUUUCUCUGUAGUGAUUAUUAUUUUUUUUUUCAUAAUUAAAAAAAUACAAAAUUUUCUGAGCUACCCUAAUGUAAUUUUUUUUUCUUCGAUAAUUUGACCAAAAUAAUAUCCACGUUUAAUUUUUUCGAAUUCCACAGAAAACUACAGAAGUUAACAUUUUUAAGAGCCACCCUAAUAAGAAAAAAAUCAAUUUGAACUCGGUGUAUCAAAAAACACGAUUUAAAAAUUUUCUGCAUCAUUGAAAUCUAAAUUUUUCGAAAAAUGAAAAAAGAAACAUUUUUUGCACCACCCUGAUUUAUAUGUUUGCUUUCCUUUUUUUUUACAAUAGAUAUUUACAUUUAUUACAAAUAAAAACAUCGAAAUAAAAGCCAAAUAAACUUCUUCGCGAGAUCUGCAGUCAUAAAAUUUUGGCUGCGCAAUCUGCCCGACGUUGACGACAUAAAUGACGUUUAUGAACAGAAGUACUGCAAUUUGACUAAGUUAGUCCGAUCGCAGAUCUGAUUUUAUAAACACGACUAACGCAGGCCUGAGUUAGGCAGACGUUUAUGAAAACACCCUACCCCUAAUAACUUUAAUUAUAACUUUAAUUAUAGCUAUACCAAAUUAGUGCGAUGUACUUAUAAGUAAAAAUAAUUUGUUUUCAUGUGUAAACAAGCACAAUCAACCAUAUAUGAGAAAGAAAUCCUCGUGUAAAUCUUGUACUCCGCUUACAAGAUUUACACUACAUUUUUUUUAGACAUAUUUUGUGAACACAUCCCAAAGUGAAGGUUUUGAAUGAACAACAACAAAGUGAUUUAAAAAGUGGUUGAUAAAUUCUUUUGUUUAAUUAAAAAUUCAAAAUGGAAAAAAGGUAAACAAAAACUUGUAAACAAAUACAUAUAUAAAUGUUAACAGGACAACCUUUAUUUCUAUUUAUAGAUCCAAGCGAUGGUCACAUGAUGAAACCAAAGCGUUUUUAAAAUUUUAUUCAUCAAGGCAGCGGGAAUUUACCAUCCCAAGAAAAAGACGCCUGGCCUACCAAAACAUUGUGGAGGAUCUUAUUUCGGCGGGUUUUGUAAGUAUUUAUGAGAGCUCUGAAAGAAAAAGCAUUUUAAGAUGUUUAUCUUUCAUUUCAGGACACUGCAACGACGGCUGCAAAUUGUGAGGUAAAGAUGCACACCCUGUUAAGGGCGUACAAAUGCGCCAAGGACAACGCUGGGGCAACAGGUGCAUCCCCAUGUACUCCUCCAUUUUAUGAAGAAAUGGAGGAGAUAUUUGGGGAUAAGCCAAUUCACACCAGGAGUGAGUCCAUCAAUAUUGGCUCUGUGCCCCCAAAUGUUGUCCAGGAUCCGGGUGCAUCAACUUCGCAACAGACGCCCUCAAUGGAGGUUGCGUCUCAAGAACGUGAGGCAGAAAAUACACUAACUGAACCAGCUACAUCUGUGCCAGAUAUAGCUGGUUCAGUUAGUGUAGUUGCUGCCUCACCGCCUCCAAUUGCAGUCGCUGCUGCUAGUGCCAGAACCCCGAAAGAAAGCCGAAACAUGUCACGGUCGGAUUUUUAUAAAAAAAAUAUUCAACUUCGAGAACUGGAGAUGGCGGAGAAUAAGGGCCAGUUCGAACAACGCCAGAAGUUGAAGAUAAGGGCCCUUGAAGAGCGUCAAAAACGAUUUGACAUCAAACAAAAAAUGUUUCAAGAACGUUCAAAUCAAUAAAAAUAUAUAUUCAUUGUUAGUUCCUUCUUUUUUUUAUUAUUUUCUGUGAACGAAGUGUAGUGAAUGGUCCAAGGUUUAUUUUGAAAAAAAUCCUGAUUUUUUAGAGCAAUGUGCGUUUAAUUCAUCUCAAUAGGACAAGUAUUUUGGAAAUAGCAUCAUUUUUUGUGCAGCA